AUGCAACAUUCACUUAACUAUUUGGCACUGCUACAGCAAGGCUAUUUGUGUCCUGAGGAAUUGCUUUUUCAUAUUCUUCCUAAUACAUAUUUAAAGAUCAGCAACUACCCAUCAACCAACAAAUCCGAAUCACCAGACACAAUUAAAGAUCUCGAAGCAGAGAUUAGUACCGACCAAGCCAUGAAACCAACUUCCGGUGAUUGGUACGACUUGGGAAACCUAUCAAACCACAUGAUUUUAUCAACGGUGGAGGAAUACGCUCAAUAUCCCACAGGAGGUAUUUCCAGAGUUCCAGCUCGAUCAAGAUAUGUUUUUGUAAAGCAGAAAUAUAAACCAUUGAGAAUAGGAUGGCGGGACGAAGUGAAAAACGAUCACUCUGAUGUAAAGUUUAAGGCAAAGGACGACGGGGUGCAGGUGAACCAGGUUUUACUUAACACCCAACCUGUAUAUUGUCCAAAAACCUGGCAAAUCUCCAAGAUUAAGUUUUAUCACGAUCUUCCAACAAAUGCUAUCCAAAUAGCCUGGCCCACGGAUUAUUGCGCUAUCGUUCCAAUCUUAGAUUCGUUCGCCCUAUUCCCCAAACUUCCAACUGAAAUUCAACAUAUGAUUUGGGACUUUGCUUUAAGCUGCAAUCCUCGAAAUGUCAAACUUAAAAUCGAUCGGAAAUAUCACAAGCCUAACAAAAGCGACGGUGAACAUGGACUAGAAUUAUCAUGCCAUAUACGACAACAUGGCCCCAUUGCUUCCAAGCUUCCGAUCUCUUUACUUUACGUCUGCCAAGAAUCACACUCGCUCUUUCUGAAAAAAUAUUCUAAAAUGAACUUGAGCGUUCCAGUCCAGAGAUGUGAUCUCAACUUGGAAUUUGUAAGAUACCGCUUGGAAUUCGAAGAGAUACUUGAUGACUAUGUGGUGGAUUGUAAAAUUCAGAUUGACCGCAAAGGAUACAUAGAUUUCCACCAGGAUACAUUGAUGAUACCAUAUUUUCGCAAGAUCACAGGUAUACUUUGGGAUUGGGAUUUCAUGACUUUGGAUCUAUCUUUGAUUGAGAGCAUCGCUAUAAAUACCGCACUCGGCUCGUCAUAUACAGGACGGUCAGGUCUACCAUCAUAUUACGGGGGGAAAAAGAGUAUAUGGGAAUUACUUGAAAUUAGAUGCCCGAAUCUAAAGCGCCUUAGUCUUAUCACCGGCUCAAGGACAAUGGAAAAAAAUGGUUGGGAGUCGGACGAACAACCGGUUGCACGUAUUUUACCAAUCAAUGCGGCGUUUAUUGAUGGGAUCACAUAUGGGUUUCAAGUUUCAUGUCAAGACGAAUGCAGCCGUAUGGAAAGCCAACGUGGUCUUAAGAAAAUGAAGCGUGAGCACCGAAGAAUGAUGAGAAUUUUGACUCCGAGCCUUAAAGCGGAUUUCCGUAGAGCUCAAGCAAUAAUUUCUUCUCACCAUCAGCAAAUUAUACGCAAUCGAAGCUAUUGGGAAAAGGUCGACGUCAAUCUGGCUUAUAUCGCUUGGGUUGUGAGCAGUUUCUAUACUGGGGAGAAGAUGGAAAAAGUCAUAGUUACGCCUCCGAAAGAUUUGCAACUCUCGAUGCCCGACUCAUAUUUCUGGGCCCAGAGGCCAAUAGAAAUUGUUGAUUAUAAGCCAAUUCUGAGAUUCGGAGAGCAUGGAUUCCCUAUAGCUUGUCGUCCUGACGGAAGCUUGCUAAACAGAUACGAAGGAGCGAGGGAAUCGUGA